AUGGCUACCGCUACUUCAGCUAAGCGAGUCGGCACUCAUAAUGGCAGCUUCCACUGCGACAGAGCCCUCGGCUGCAGGGCACUGGAGCAGAUCAAGUUAAUCUUUCCUUACAAAGGGCACACCUCUGGCAAAGUUGGAGAGGAAACAUUUUUCCAAAGGUUCGGGAGGAGGUUCAGAACAACAGGUUGUGAGAUCAAUUUAAAAGAGAUUGCUUUAUUGGAGGGCAAAGUGAACAAACUAUGCUGCUUACUGAAGGAAGCUGUUGAAAGAACGAAAGACAACAUUGUGAAGAAACAGGCUUUGACAUAUGAAGAAAUCAAAGCAGAACCUGAAGAGCAGGAAGAAAUUGAAACCGAAAGUCAUGACGAGGAGAACGAGCAGCAGAUUCACAACCCACUCAAAUUGCCACUGGGUCCGGAUGGGAAGAUAAUAUAUUACUGGAUGUAUAAGCUUCAUGGUCUCGGUCAGGAAUUCAAGUGUGAGAUAUGUGGGGAUUCCAGUUACUUUGGGCGCAGAGCUUUUGAGAUACAUUUUAAUGGAGAGUGCCAUAAGCGCGGGAUGCGUUGCCUUGGCAUACCAAAGACCAAGAGCUUCAAUGAGAUCACAUCAAUUGAGGAAGCAAAAGAGCUGUGGAAGAGGAUACAAGAACGGCAAGGCGAGAACUUGUGGUGCCCGGAUCUUGGAGAAGAGUAUGAAGAUGAAGAGGGUAACAUUUACAAUAAGAAGACAUACAAUGAUCUAAAGCGACAGGGGCUGCUUUAA